AUUAUCAAGCAAAGCGGUAGAAACCCGCAUUAAUACAUGUUCCUGGUAUGGAAAUUGUUGAGCUUCCUCUUUCGAUUUAAAAGGUUUUAUCAGUAAAAUAUCGAAACCUACAUCUAAUUGUAAAUGUCUGAAAAUGGCAUCAAGAAAUGAUGAUUUUUUGCUGGUUGCGGCCAUUGACUUCGGGACAGCCUAUUCAGGUUAUGCCUUCUCUUCAAGAACAGACUUCAAAAGGGAUCCUCUCAAUGUGUCGGCGAACACAUGGACGGGGGCGACUCUCAUGUCCCACAAAACGACCACGUGUGUGCUCUUCGACAAGAAGAAGCAGUUUAAGGAGUUUGGGUUCGCGGCGGAGGACGAGUACGGAAACCUUGCGGAGGAGAAUGAUGAACACAGGAAUUACUACUUCUUCAGGCGCUUUAAGAUGAUGCUGUACAACAAAAUGACACUGAAGCGGCGAUUCAUGCUGGAAGACGAACUCGGAAAGAAGAUGCCGGCCAUGGACGUCUUCUCGGCCUGCAUCCGCUACCUUCGCGAACACCUGAUGAAGCGCGUGCAGCAGCAACUUCCGGAUGUGAAGGACGAUGAGAUUCGCUGGGUGCUCACUGUCCCGGCCAUCUGGAACGACGUCUCCAAACAGUUCAUGAGGGAAGCCGCGGAGCAGGCGGGUAUGGUCGGAGAUAGCCUGAUAAUGGCCCUGGAACCGGAAGCCGCCUCUCUGUGCUGCCGCUACCUGCCCAUGAACACCCUUAAAGGUUCAAGCCGGUUUAUGCCCUUCAGCCCGGAAACCAGAUACCUUGUAUUUGACGCUGGUGGCGGUACGGUAGACAUAACAGUACAUGAGGUGAAGGCGAGCGGGUCUCUGAAGGAGCUGUACAAGGCGAACGGGGGCAACUGGGGAGGCACAUACAUCGACAAGGCCUUCCAUGAGCUGCUCGCUGACAUUGUCGGUAACGACGUGAUGGCCGACUUCUCCGAGAAUAAGAUGAUGGAUUACAUCGACCUGUUCCGCGAGUUCGAGGUUAAGAAGAGAAGCUUCAGCAACCAGAUGUCAGAGAAAAUUACAAUCAAGGUCCCCAUUGCGCUCAACGAAAUGUUUAAAGAGAAAACAGGGAAGAAUAUCAAAGAUCAUGUAAACAGUUUGCCGCGCUACAAGGACAAACUGCAAUGGGUUGGGGAUAAAAUAAGAAUGGAGGCGAGCAUUGCAAAGGGGCUUUUCAACGACGCAUGCCAGUCAGCAGCGCAGCAUCUCAAAUCACUCUUCUCGCUGCCGGAAGUGAAAAGCGUCGACACAGUUCUAAUGGUCGGCGGUUUCUCUGAGUCGCCAAUCCUGCAAGACCUUAUACGGAAAGCUGUUGAAAGUUUGCCUGGUAAAAUGAAGCUGAUUGUUCCAAAGGAUCCCGGACUGGCGGUACUGAAAGGCGCCGUCAUAUAUGGCCACGAUCCUUCUGUUAUUGAGGAGCGGAAAUGCAGGUACACAUACGGCGUCCGUACUUCUUAUCCUUUCAAAAAGGGCGUGCAUCCGGAAUCAAAGAAAGUCGUCAGCAGCAAUGGCGAAGAAUUUUGCGGGGGAAUGUUUGAUAGUCAUGUGAAAAUCGGCCAAGAGGUCGUCCGCGGGGAGAGUCAAGCAACUCGCUCGUACAAGCCAAUAAAGGAUACACAAACUGAAAUUGAAUUCCAGUUUUUCGCCUCAACGGAUCCGGAACCGACGUUCACUAGCGAUCCCAACUGUACGGAUAUUGGAAAGCUUACUAUUGAUGUGCCCGGGUCGGGUCUCGACCGCUCAGUCAGCAUCAAAAUGAUCUUCGGAGACACAGAGAUGCAUGUUGAAGCUGUCUCUAAGGAUGAGAAAUCAAACAAAUCAAGCAAAGCAAAGGCGGCUUUGCAUUUCCUCGGCUAAUAGAUCCAAUCUUGGCUUUUGUUUCACUUUUGUUGUAAAAAUCAAAUAGAGGAAUUGUAAAACAAGUAAACAGAAGAACAGUGACCUAGAGAUGAUGUUAACACAGGCAGUGGUUGCUCACUGAAAAUCUUUUCUCAUUAAGAUUGUUUAAUUCACUAAUUCUAUCGUACGUGUAUACCGAUAGUCCCUGUUUGUAUAUAAACAUUUUUUUCGCUUGGGUAUUUUUUUAUUUGAUAUAUUUUUUUAUCAUGUUUUGGACCAUGUGUGCACAUUAUAAUCGGUUACUUGUAUAUGUUUAAUUCUAUGUACUAGAGUUGUUAGUGCUGCGUUUUGAACCGGGAGGCUGUAUUCGGCUCGAGUAUUUUGCAGAUUCCGAUUUUAAGAGGCGCGAGCCGAUUUAAAUCAAAAUCUGCAACAAUUAUCCUGACCACCAGAGUGGUUGAUGCAGAGACUUUUUACACACACACAUAUAAUAGAUAAUCAUGAAUUAUAAAAGACUGCAGCAAGGGUAGAAAUGCUCCGUCAUGAUCAAGUUACAUAUUGAGCGUAGUCGAUACAUCAAUAUAACAAGACCUAAUAGACUGAAAGUGAAUAACACUUUUUAUUGAUAUGCAAAAAUUAUUCCGACUGACUUAAGAGCCAAAUAUAUAUAUAUAUAUAAAUAUAUAUAUAUAAGACCGAUGUAUUUUAACACAUGGCCAAAAGCAAAGAAAUGUCAAUAAUAAUCUGAAAACUCCAAAGACCAACUGGCAACUCUGAAUUUAACUUGUCAAAAUGUAUGUGUCAUGCAAACGCCUGAAUUUGCUAAUAGUUGUGUUCGGGCGUUUAUCCAUAGUUAUGAAUAUUAGUUUGCUCUCUUGUAAAACUGUUCGAUCUUGCCUAGGACCUAUAGGUCAGUGAUACUGCUUAAACGUAUGCAUUUGCAAUAGUUGUCUUUGCUCUAAAGCAUGUUUAAAUGUUUUAUGCAAUAAACUGAGUUGUGUUGAGUUGA